AUGUCCUUCCUCCGUUCCUCCCUCAACCUCGCAAGGACCGCCGCCCCCAGGCGCACCGCCUUCGCUGCCACAGCCACCCCCCUCCGCGCCUUCUCCAGGUCCGCCCUUGUCAUGAACCAGAAGCCUGGAGACGACGGCUACGAGGAGCACAGAGAGAAGGUCGAGCCCAGGAUCGCCCAUGUCGACGAAUCCUUCACCUUCGAGCACCCCGACCAAUUCGUCGACAAGCACCCCGGCCACGACAUGCAGCAGGGUGACUAUGGGCGUCACACCAAGCGUACCCUCGCCUCCUUCUCCAUGGAGGGCAAGGUCUGCCUCGUCACUGGUGCCGCCCGUGGUCUCGGCAACAUGAUGGCCAGGACCUUUGUCGAAUCUGGCGCCAAUGCUAUCGUUCUCGUCGACAUUAAUGAGGCCGAGGCCCAACGCUCUGCCAAGGAGCUUGAAGCGUGGUUCGUCGAGAACGGCCAGGCCAAGCCCAACGAGAUUGAAUCCAUCGGUCUCGGCUGCGAUGUCUCCAACGAAAACGACGUCAAGAGGGUUUUUGCCGCUGUCAAGGAGCGAUUCGGCCGCCUCGAUGCUGUCGUCACUGCCGCUGGUAUUGUCGAGAACUUCGUCGCCCACGAGUACCCCACCGAAAAGAUCAAGAAGCUUUUGGACAUCAACGUGAUGGGUACUUGGUACUGCGCUUUGGAGGCCGCCAAGUUGAUGCCCGACGGUGGUUCCAUCACCCUUGUUGGCUCUAUGUCUGGUAGCAUUGUCAACGUCCCCCAGCCUCAGACUCCUUACAACUUCUCCAAGGCCGCUGUGCAGCACAUGGCCCGAUCCCUCGCUGUCGAGUGGGCCCUCAAGGGUAUCCGAGUCAACUCUCUCUCCCCCGGUUACGUCCUCACCAACUUGACCAAGGUCAUCCUCGACGCCAACCCCGUCCUCCGAGACGAAUGGCUCCACCGUAUCCCCGUUGGCCGCAUGGCUGACCCCUCCGACCUGAAGGGUGCCGUCAUCUACCUUGCUUCCGACAGCUCCAAGUACACCACUGGUACCGACAUGGUCAUCGACGGUGGUUACACUUGUUUGUAA